GUUCUCAAGGGGCAAGAUUUAAAGUAGACGAGUUGAUAAUGUAAUUAUUUACGUAUAGGAUUAGUAGUUUAGAUGCAUUUGUCAAAUUGUUUAAUGUGGUUGGUUAUAGAGUCAAUAGUAUUGCACAAGAAGUUGAACUGCCAGUGUCUUUCAUAAUUAUGUAUGUAUGUGUGCAGGGUUCAUUAUCCGAUUCCCCUCAACCAUUCUGGGCCACCAAAUCUUCAAGUGAUGCAGAAAAACAUUUUCCAGCUUCGAUCAGAAGUUGUUAUUUUACGAAAUGCAAAAAUCUCGCUUGAGGAGGAAGUAAUCAACCUGAAGCAGAUUCACCAACAUACUGAAAAUAAUGAUGUGAAGAAUUAUGGCGAAAAAGGGCUUGCUUUGGGUCUGAUGGGUGGUGCUGAGUUGUCUCACAAGAUGAGAUGCAGAUGUCCGGAAGAAGAAGACCAAGUGUUGAUUGGAGAAUUGAGGCUAAGAAUUGGCGUCCUGGAGGAAACGUUGGAGGAAACGAGAGCAGACCACCUGAAAAUAGUCGAGAAGCUCCAGGCUGAAAAUAAUUUUCUUCAGCAAAAACUAAAUUCAUCCGGAAAGUAUGAGGAGCGCUUAGAAGACGAGAUUUAUCUCCUAACUCAUGGAAGCAGUGUCCCACCGGGUAGGAAAAGCCAACCUCAGAUUGGCUGUGUUACGUGCAAACGGAAGGACGAAAUGAAACGGAAAAUUAGCUUAAACCUAUGGAAUUCAGGAGAUAAUGCAGCGGCGAGUCGCAGAGGUAUUAAAACAAAUUUGGCCAACCUUGUGGGGAGGAGGAGGGUCGGGUCUCCAGGGAUAAGCCCACUCCCGAUAAUGAGACGAAGCCGGAGUUUCUCUCCAUCCCCCAGCAGGAAAGUUUCCUUCGAUCCAACAGCCUACAUUCGAGAGAAGAAGCUUAAACAAGAUAGAAUGGCUCAAUUGAGACUUGAGAAAAUAAAAUCGGAGUUACAAAUUCGAGCUCGAGAUUCUUCUACCAGUUCAGGCGACGGGAAUGACAACAAACUAAAAAGUCGAACUCGAAGCAUUUCGAGAGAAAGUAGAGGUUCGCAACGCAGCAGUCUAGUUGUUGGCGUUGGUGGAAGGGCAGUUUCCAGAUCGCCACUUUCACACGGUCGUACCCGCAGCAGCAACAUGAUAAUCAAUAGAAAAUUAGAAAAUGCCAAGGAAAUUUCCGAACGUCUCAGUCGAGAACGAAACCGUUCCUUGGGUAGACGAGGUGGACUCGUGUUUACGAAAAAUCAUCAGUCGCCGACAUUGUCUUCUAAAAAUAAGAUGAAUUCUCAAAUUCCAAUCAGGUCCCUUCAUGCUCACGUGGACAACUUGGUAAGUCAAGAGUUACCUCGAUUACGCAGAUCAACCAGAAGAAACGAAAUCGACAUGGCCGAGUAAUAAAGAGAAUCUUAUAAAUAAAAUAAAUGAAUUGUGAAGAGUUACCAGGUCCUGGCUCCUAUGACAUAAUUAUUACAGAAAUUCUUCAUGUUAGUCAUUCAGAUUGUAUAGUAAACUUAUUCGUCAAUUUGCGUUUGUGAAAUAAAUACAAAAUAUAAAGUCUGCC